AGACUUUGCCUCUUGGCCCAAGCUCUGCCACGAGUGGCUCAAGGCCACUUUGGCGAAGGGGUGCCAUGGUGAAGGAAAAGCGCCCGCCCUUGAAGAGUGGGCCGAAGCCACUUCACCAGCAGGUGGAAGCAGAGAAGGAAGCAACGAAGAGGAGGUGCGAAUUGCAGGGCAGGCAGUGGAGCGGCAAGAUGGCCCAGGGAAGGGUCGCCAUGAUUGAGAUCCGGCACUACCAACGCAGCACCGAGCUGCUGAUUCCCAAGAACCGCUUCCACAGAGCGGUCAAGGACAUUUGCAAGCAGGUCUCCGAAAAGAAGUACCAGGAGUGGGAGCAGAGAAGGCGAGAAGGUGUGGAGGAGAAAGACCACUGGCAGCCCCCCCAGCUCUACCGCAUGGAGAGUCAGGCGCUCCUGGCGCUGCAGGAAGCCGCGGAGUGUUUGGUCACGGCCAUGAUGGACGAGUGCAACGCCGCGGCCGUGCACGCCAAGCGGGUCACGGUGAUGCCCAAGGACCUGAUGCUGAUUCGCCGGCUGAAUGGCACCUGGGUCUGGAGCAGCUGAGAGUCUGAGAGCUGCGCUCCCUGGAUGGUGGUGCGAAAUGGAUUUCGUCCACCCACAGUAGGGGCCUCCAGGGGCUCCAAUUGCAUGCCAUGUCCAGCUGCGCUAUGGAACGCUUCUCUGUCCAUGGUGUUCAUGAGCCCUGGAAUGUAAAUAGUUGAGAAAGGGGCUCAAGGUUGCUUGCAUUCGUCUGCAAGUGUGACCAGUGUCAAUGCACAAGGGCCUCGGACAGCCUCGCUAUGUGG